UUAGACCACAAAGCGGGCGACAAACACGAACUCGUCGUUCGAACCAAAGCAAAGAAUCGACUUCCGUCGGAUGUUGGAUGCCCAUACGUACAAACGCGCGCGGCUGCACCAACAAAACGACUUUUGUGUGAGGCAUCGUCGGUACAGUGAAAAGAAUACAAAGAGUAGGUGGCGCGCAUUUUGGAACCUUUUGAACUUAUUUACCCCACUCAUGAACAACCGGUUGCUGGCGCGGCAGGCGCAACUUUCGAUUCGUUGGGACUCUAAGCGGUGCAAUGUUUACUGAUUUCGGAUAGAAGACGAAACUAUCGCAUAAAAUCGUUAAUUUUUUGAAAUGUUUUUCAAAUAAGAAAAACUUCGUGUGUUACCAGAGUUUGCGGGAUUACUGCGCUGCAAUAUGAAUACUAAACAAAGUGCAAUCAAAUGAAAAAUAUUAAGUUUUUCAAUAAGCCGAAAGUGUAAAUUUUAAUAAAAAAGUGAGCUAUGAAGUUAAUUCAUAUUUAAUAUACGAAUACACAUACAAAUACAUAAAAAAGUGAACAUAUAUUUUAAAAAAAAGUUCCUGUUAAGACACAACGCAAAGCUUCAUAAAAUUCACAAAAUGGAUAUGACCAGCGCGAAUUCCUUAAAUAUGCGUCCUUUCUUCUCCGGCUAUCCAUUUCAAGGUCAGGGUCGCGUCAAUCAACUCGGCGGCGUAUUCAUUAACGGAAGACCGCUACCGAAUCAUAUUCGCUUGAAAAUCGUCGAAAUGGCCGCCAACGGCAUAAGACCCUGUGUGAUCUCUCGUCAGCUACGCGUUUCGCAUGGUUGUGUGUCGAAAAUAUUAAAUCGUUACCAGGAAACCGGUUCAAUACGGCCGGGUGUAAUAGGCGGUUCUAAACCGAAGGUUACAUCGCCGGAAAUUGAAACGCGCAUCGAGGAGUUGCGCAAAGCGAAUCCAGGUAUAUUCAGUUGGGAGAUACGCGAGAAACUGAUCAAGGAGGGCUUCACCGAUCCACCAUCCACAUCGUCCAUCAGUCGCCUAUUGCGCGGUAAUGAUCGUACCAGUGAAGAUGGGCGCACGGAUUAUAGCAUACACGGCAUAUUACGUGGACGCGACUCGGACAUCAGCGAUACCGAAUCGGAGCCUGGCAUACCGCUGAAACGUAAGCAGCGUCGUUCGCGCACCACUUUCACCGCCGAACAAUUGGAGGCGCUCGAACGCGCCUUCACCCGCACUCAAUACCCAGAUGUGUAUACACGCGAAGAACUCGCACAGACUACCGGUCUCACUGAGGCGCGCAUACAAGUGUGGUUCAGCAAUCGACGCGCCCGCUUACGCAAACAUUCCGGCGGCUCUGGCACGCAUGGCCUCGCGCCCAUGAAUGGUGGCGGUAGCGGCGCUGUGGGAGUGCCUGGUGGUGCGGUAGGGGUACCCGGCAGUGCUGCGACAGCACCGCUCGGCUUUGGUUCACUUGCCGCAGUCGGUUCAAUGUCUGGCUAUAGUCCAGCCGCUGCGAGCACGGCCAGCGCCGGCAUGAAUGACAAUCACGCCGCGCAUGCAGCUGCAGCCGCGGCAGCAGCGGUAGCACAUCAUCCGCAUCAUCAUACGCAAAUGGGCAGCUACGAUUUGGUGGCGCAGUCGGCGCAACAUGGAUUCGCUAGCAGUUUCCAGCACGGGCACUUUGGCGGGCAAAAUUACUAUCAUCAGGAUUAUUCCAAGCUCACAAUCGAUGACUUCUCCAAAUUGACAGCUGAGAGCGUAUCGAAAAUUUCGCCUUCCCUUUCGCAUCUCACCGGUGAAAACUAUUCGAAACUGGAGCCCUCCACGAAUUGGUCGCAGGCCGCCUAUCAUCUCAACCAGUCGGCAGCAGCUGCGGCUAACUAUAAUGCUGCCGCCGCGCAUCACGCUCACGCCGCUGUUGCACAGCAUACGCUCAACGAUUAUGCGGCGGCUGGCGUGGCUGCGGCGGCUCACAACAAUCAACUGAAUAGUGCAGCAGCAGUGGCCGCGGCGGCUUACAAUCAUCCGCUGCCCGCGCAGGGGCAAGCGAAGUAUUGGCAAUGA